AUGGUGUUCAAGCAGGGUGUCACUGCUCACGGUGACUGGGUGAGUAUCGAGGACCUUUUCCGAGAUAACAAGGACACGUGUGUCCUGCAUUUAGAUCAAGAAAUUUGUUCCAUAGAGAUCGAUGAUAUUUUGGGCAUUGAGUAUUAUAAAAAACGCAAACUCUUUUUUGAUCUUCUUGCCAUCAUCGAGCAGCCGAUACCCAGAAAAAAAACAUGGUCGCCUAUAUGGCGAAUGAACUUUGAAAGAAAUUCGACCAAGUUUCAGGUAUUAUUCUCCAUCAAAACCCACUACCAUCCGUACUUCAAGCAUGUUCAACGCUUCUUCUUGAAGAAAUCCGACUCUCUCGAGUAUGACCUAUCCAAGUAA